UUUUUAAAAAAAAAUUCACAUUUUUCACCGUUUUCGCCGCUUUCCGGGCCCGCGGGGGCUCCGGGCGCUGUCAGGCGGCGCCGGGGAGCGCCCCGGCCCCCACCCCCCUCCCGCUCUAUCCUCGGAGGACUUGAAGCGCAGCCGGAGUUCCCGUCGGCGGAUGGACCCGCAGCCCGGCGCCAGGAGCUGCACCCGCGGGGCCCCCGCUUGCGAGGUGGUCCCGAACGAGCCCCCCAUGAACCUCUACAUCAACACCACCACCGGGACCCGCUAUGAGCUCUCCGUGCCCGCCGAGGAGACGGUGGAGGGGCUGAAGCGGCGCCUGUCCCAGCGGCUCAAGGUGCCCAAGGAGCGCCUGGCUCUGCUGCACAAAGAGAGCCGACUCAGUUCUGGGAAACUGCAGGAUCUGGGGGUCGUGGAAGGAAGCAAACUGACGCUGGUGCCCACCGUGGAGGCCGGCUUGAUGUCCCAGGCAUCCAGGCCAGAGCAGUCGGUGAUGCAAGCCCUGGAAAGCUUAACUGAAACUCAGGUCAAUGACUUCUUGUCAGGCCGGUCGCCGCUGACCCUGGCCCUGCGCGUGGGGGACCACAUGAUGUUCGUGCAGCUGCAGCUGGCGGCACAGCAGAGCAGUGGGCAGCUCCAGCACCGGCACCUCAUCGCCAGCCGGGGCGAGCCGGGGGCCGCCGCCAGCCCCCACUGCCGGACGCUGCACGGCGGCACCGGCUCCGGCUUCACCCGCAUCCCCGUGGUGCCUGCAUCCUGCCAGCAGAGCCCGGCCCCCAGCCCCGCGCCCCCUGCGCCGGCCCCCCCCAUGUACUGUAACACCCCCCACGCCGCGCCCGUCACCGCCGGGAUGUUCCGGUCGCACGGGGCCAGCACGCAGACGGUGAACAGCAGCGUGGUCUCCUCCUGCUCAGAGGUGGAGUGCGGCACCCGCAGCAGCAGCUCCCCCAGCAGCAGCCCUGCGCCCGCAGCCCGAUCCCGCAAACCCGGUGCCGUCAUCGAGAGCUUCGUCAACCACGCGCCUGGGGUCUUCUCAGGGACCUUCUCCGGCACUUUGCACCCCAACUGCCAGGACAGCAGCGGGCGGCCACGGAGGGACAUCGGCACCAUCCUGCAGAUCCUGAACGACCUCCUCAGCGCCACGCGACACUACCAGGGCAUGCCCCAGUCCCUGACGCAGCUCCGCUGCCAGACGCAGUUCUCCUCCUCAUCCUCCUCCUCGCCACCAGCCUCCCCGGACCUCGCCACCAAAACUACCUCAGAGCCGCUGCCGGCGGCUGCAGCAUCCCCACCCCUGCACCCCGUCGUCCAGUGCCAAAGCCAGAUCCGGAUGUGCAAGCCCAGCGGGGACCGCUUGCGGCAGACGGAGAACCGGGCGACGCGCUGCAAGGUGGAGCGGCUGCAGCUGCUGAUGCAGCAGAAGCGGCUGCGCAGGAAGGCGCGGAGGGACGCGCGGGCUCCCUACCACUGGCUGCCCAACCGCAAGUCCAGCCGCACCAACAGCAACAGCAGCGUCUCCAGCGAGGGCAGCCUGGACCUGGACUUCGAGGACUCGGUGUGGAAGCCGGAGGUCAAGGCAGACAUGAAAUCAGAGUUUGUCGUAGCAUAGAGCCGUACCCGGGGCCGCGGACUCUGCCGGGGCAGGGAUGGGGGGGGGGGGGGAUGCUCCCGCUGCCCCGGCCGCCGGUGGUCUCAUUUCUGUUGUCAUGGGCCAGAUCUCCUCUAGAUUUGCCAUCUCCUGCGACCAGAUGCCUCGGGCCCGACCCUGCCCGUGUCAGGGAAGCGUUUCAUUGUUGGUUGGGUGGGGUCUAGGGCAGCCUCACCCCUGGCUUGGCUGCGGCUGGGGAGAUGGGGGGGUGCAGGCAGGAGCCGCUGCCUCAUCCCGCAUCCUCUCUGGCCGGGAGCAGGGGGUCCUGGCCCCCGGGGGGGGUGGGGGGUGG